UCUCAGCUCUGUGCUUUUCAGGAUCCUUAAAAACGUCCUGAAGAAGUCCAGAAACAGACACAGGAGUAAAGUGGAGUUGUGGUUUGGCGGCCUGCCUGUUCAGUAGACCAUACUGAGCGGCAGUCAUGCGGCUCCUUGGGUGCUCUGCCAUUCUGUGCCUCGUGCUGCAGACUAUGUCUGCACCACUGGAGGAUUGGCAGACGGCCACUUCUAUUUAUGAGUUUUCAGCAACAGAUAUAGAUGGCAACGAGGUGUCCCUCGAGAAAUACAGGGGCGAUGUGGUCAUCAUCACCAACGUUGCCUCCAAAUGAGGCAAGACCCCCGUGAACUACUCUCAGUUUGCAGAGAUGCACGCCAAGUACGCUGAGAGAGGUUUACGCAUCCUGGCCUUCCCCUCCAACCAGUUUGGAAGACAGGAGCCUGGCAGUAAUGCUCAGAUAAAAGAGUUUGCCAAAUCAUACAACGCUGAGUUUGCCAUGUUCAGCAAGAUCGAUGUCAACGGAGCGAACGCCCACCCGCUCUGGAAGUGGCUGAAGGAGCAGCCCAAUGGCAAAGGUUUCCUUGGAAAUGGCAUCAAGUGGAACUUUACCAAGUUCCUAAUUGAUCGGCAGGGGAAUGUUGUCAAGAGAUAUUCACCACUUCAGGAUCCAAGUGAGGUGGAGAAGGAUCUUCCCAGCUAUCUGUAGGCGAAUUCUUCAGCACCAACGCACUCGCAGUGAUGCCCUCCAAACCCCUGCCCCGCCCCCUCCACACUCUCCUGUCCUGUGGCACAUCAGGGAAUCAAUUGGCUCUGUCCAGAUUAGUGAUGGUCCGUCCCUAAACCCAGCCCAUGGACAGGUCAGACCUGAUGCAUUUGGCGUGCAACAUUUCUGGAAGAGCCCUAGCUAUUCCUUGAUGUCCCACAGGAGCACCCCCAAUACCACCCCCCCUCAACACUCCACUGUCUCCAUCACAGUACAGGAAGGGCACUAUUGUUUGCUUCACACUAAUAAUUAUUCUAUAUGGAUGUAAUAGAUUUUGGCUCAUAGUACAAAAAAAACCACCCAAAACGUUGUGUCAUUUUAAUGUAUACUAUUGACAUCAAUAAAGGCUAUUUUCAGUGCUG